AUGCUGACUGCUUCUACAAACAUUUGUGAAAGACUGUGCAAUAAAUCCAUCUGUGAAAUUUCCUUGCUACUAAAUACUCCAUGGUCAACUGUUAGUGGUAUUAUAACAAAGUAAAAACAACUGGGAGCAACAGCAACUCAGCCACAAAGUGGUAGGCCAUGUAAAAUGACAGAGCGGGGUCAGCAUAUGCUGCAGCGCACAGUGCAUAGAAGUCGCCAACUGUCUAAUGAGUCAAUAGCUAAAGACCUCCAAACUUCGUGUGGCCUUCAGAUUAGCACAACAGUGUGUAGAGAUCUUCAUGGAAUGGGUUUCCAUGACCGAGCAGCUGCAUCCAAGCCUUAUAUCACCAAGUGCAAUGCAAAGCCUCGGAUGCAGUGGUGUAAAGCACACCGCCACUAGACUCUAG